AUGAAACUUUUACCAUUUAUUUUAGAUAAUUAUAUUAUCAAAACUGAUGAAAAAAUAAAUAAAUUCAAUGUUAAAGUAUAUUGUAAAUCCUGUGUAAAAGUACUGGGUGAAGCAGAAGCACAUUUAAAAAAAUGUGUUCAUUUUGCUACUGAAACGACAUCUGAACAAAGAAAAGAAAUUUAUAACCUUGUUGAAACUAAUAUUUCUCCAGUACAAUUAGGAAAAAGAAAAGAAAUUGCUAUAUCUACCAAUGAAACUAUAUCUACAACUUCACGCUCUUCAGCUUCAAAGAUUUUAAUUCGGAAUUCAUCUUAUGGACCAAUGGACAAUUAUAUAGUUUGA